ACAGCUAUGGGAUUAGCAAAAUAGUCCGGAGAUGUUUUUAUCUCCUUGGUCACAUCUGAAACAUUAUUCACACACGAUCGCCAUCAGUGAAACGGUGACACUGUUUCCUACGGUCGCUGAUUUUUACUACGCCGUCUUGCGCGAGAAUGUUAUCAUCCGUGGGUUUGAGUAGAGCUGGAGAACGAACUUGCCGCCUGAGCUAACAGGCUAAGCGCGUUAGCAGGUUCAGCUCGACGACAUAACAGUGCUGCUGGGAACACGGUGUGCUCGUCGUGUCAGAUCAACCCAGCGCUCAUCUGGGACAGUAUCGGCGAUUUUCACAUCACGUUACUUUAAAUUUCACGAUCGCCUUUGCUGUGUAACAAUCUGCCCUGACCGCGGGAUGGAGAGGCUCUCGCUUUCUUGCUAGCGAGCGAGCAGUCCCCGCAGUGUUAGCAGAGCUCUGCUCUCAUUGCGCCGGCUAAAAAUACACGUCUCAUGCUCAGUGCGCCUCCAAAAGUGGUGGGCUCGUCCAGAUCGGACUUGUCGGCUUUUCUGGUCACCUUGCUCGGACUCUGGCGCUCUACAUGGUCUCCGCAGUGGCUUUAAGACGACUGGAAGAGCGACCCCGAGGUUGUGAGCCCUGCUGGCCUGAGAUAACUCUGCAUCGUACCGGCUGCUGGGCGUCAGGACUCCAAGUGAAGGAAACUCAGCUUUGGCUGAUCGGCGGCCGAAUAUCAUUUUGCUCCAAUGGCCUUGAUCUGUCAUCAGUAAUAAUAUAACAAGCCUUGGUCCAGCCCAGGGUUGCAAAACUUUGUGAAGGUCAGAGGAAAAAAAAGCCUUGUGUCUACUGUAAACUAUCUGAGACUGGCGAGACAGACCUCAUCUGUCCAGAUCACUGCACCAUGUCGGAGGAUAACAACGCAGACAAGUUCAUCAAGGAGACAUCCAUUCUAGACGAGUACAACAUAAACUGGACACAGAAGUUGGGAGCCGGCAUCAGUGGACCUGUCAGAGUUUGUGUGAAGAAGUCAUCUCAGGAGCGCUUGGCCCUGAAGAUCCUCAUUGAUCGCCCCAAGGCCAGGAAUGAGGUGCGUCUGCAUAUGAUGUGCGCCAACCAUCCAAACAUUGUGCAAAUCCUGGAGGUUUACGCCAACAGUGUCCAGUUCCCGCAUGAGUCCAGCCCGAGAGCGAGGCUCCUGAUCGUUAUGGAGAUGAUGGAGGGUGGCGAGCUGUUCCACAGAAUCAGUCAGCACAGGCACUUUACUGAAAAGAUGGCCAGUCAGGUCACUAAACAGAUCAGUCAAGCCUUGGAACAUUGUCACUCCCUAAAUAUUGCACAUCGAGACCUGAAGCCAGAGAACCUGCUCUUUAAGGAUAACUCUCUGGAUGCACCUGUGAAGUUGUGUGACUUUGGAUUUGCUAAAAUUGAUCAAGGAGACUUGAUGACCCCUCAGUUCACUCCCUACUACGUAGCACCUCAGGUACUUGAGGCUCAAAGAAGACACCAGAAGGAAAAGUCUGGAAUUAUACCUACCUCACCCACUCCUUAUACCUAUAACAAGAGCUGUGACUUGUGGUCUCUCGGUGUGAUUAUCUACGUGAUGCUGUGUGGCUAUCCUCCGUUCUACUCAAAGCACCACAGUCGCACCAUCCCGAAGGACAUGAGAAAGAAGAUUAUGACGGGCAGCUUCGAAUUCCCUGAAGAUGAGUGGAGCCAGAUCUCUGAGAUGGCCAAGGAUAUCGUACGGAAGCUGCUGAAGGUGAAGCCAGAGGAGAGGCUGACUAUCGAAGGAGUCUUGGCUCACCCUUGGCUAAACUGCACCGAGGCCCUCGACAACGUCUUGCCCUCCGCCCAGAUGAUGAUGGAUAAGGCGGUAGUCGCAGGUAUUCAGCAGGCUCACGCAGAGCAGCUGGCCAACAUGAGAAUUCAAGAUCUGAACGUCAGCCUGAAGCCCUUAAACUCUGUCAACAACCCAAUCCUCAGGAAGCGGAAACUACUAGGCCCCAAGCCCAGUGACGGUUUCUUCAUUCAUGACCCAGAGAACGGAGGGGAAGACUCCAACGUAGCGCUGGAAAAAUUACGAGACGUCAUCGCACAGUGUAUACUACCACAAGCUGGAGAGAACGAGGAUGAGAAGCUGAAUGAAGUGAUGUACGAAGCCUGGAGGUUCAACAGAGACUGUAAACUGCUGAGAGACGGCCUGCAGGGGCUCAGCUGGGACGGACGAUCCUUCUCCGAUAAAGUCGACCGCUUGAAGUUGGCUGAAAUAGUGAAACAGGCCAUCGAAGAGAAGACGAAUCUCCAAGAAUCUCAUUAGCAAGCGCUGUCUUUCUAUCUUCUUUUUAUAUUGUUUAUUAUGACCCUUUUUAACCCAUAUCUGUAAAGAGGCUUUUUUAUGUAAAAUGAUGCGCAAUUUUUUUUUUCAUGAAUCCACUUGCAAGACCUAUUGUACAGCUGUAGAUAUAUUUCAAAGAGGACUCAUUGGUACGAUAAUUUUUUUUAAAUGGACACUUGCAAAGAACAUGGAAAAAACUAUAUUUUCAUUUUUGCAAAAAAAAAAAGAAAAAAGUGAAAAGAAGAGAAAAAUCAGUUGAAGAAAUUAUUUUCCUGGAGGGAAUUUUUAUUAGCUGCUUGUCCAAGGCGUCGGGUGUUUUAUCCCAGUUAUUUCAUUUUAUUCUGUUUUAUUUUCUUUUAAACCAUCCUAAGAAGUUUAUUUAUUUAAACAAAAUUAUUUUAUACCUUACUUGUAGCCUGGCAGUGGGCUCUAAAGUCGAGAGAAACUGUCUACGAUGUGAUUUUGUUUUUCCACACACACCCCGAUUCUCAGACCAAGUAUAAAAUAUAUGAAUCUUUGUUUUGUUUAACUUUCCCUUGACCUUUUGUGUUGUGUGGAGAUUGAGGUAAAAGAAAGUGUCAUAAUAUCAAUGAAUGCAGCCCAAAUUAUUUUGUGUCACAACUCCUUUUUUAAGCUGGUAAGAGAUAACACUAAAUACACAGAAGCAGACUGAAUAGGCAUGAACAGUGUGGCUCAUUUAGACAUUUUGAUAGAAAAUUCUUAACCUACGGUCCACUUAAAAGCCUUUUUUUCUGAGCUUUUAACUGUCUCACGGCCUUCUGGAGUUUUUCUCCCACAAAUGGAUUAAAGCUCCAGUUAAGACUUAAAUGUCAAACUGUUUCCAACGUCAAGAGCAAAGUUUCAGGCUCAACUUAAUAUAUGUAGGUUUCACAAACUUUUGAGUUCAGCUCAUACACAUGAAGUGAUGAUACUGCUCGUCAGCUCCUGCAGUUUGUGUCUGGCAAGUAAAAUGAAGUGAAUUAUUUUUCCUAAAGGCUUUUUUAUGGUCUUAUUUCUGAUGUGAUUCUGUUAGGUCUUAAAGGGACACUUCUCCGCGAAAUCAAAAAAAUGGAUUUUUCCUCUUCCCUGUAGUGCCGUUUAUCAGCAUAGAUUGUGUUGGAAAUAUCAGCCGAAGAGACGUCUGCCUCCUCUCCAGUAUAAUGGACCUAGAUGGUACUCGGCUUGUGGUGCUCAAAGCAAAAAAAACCCAAAACGUAAUAUUGAUGUCUUUUUCCAAAAACCAUCACUUACUCAAGAUAAUCCACGGACCUUGUUGUGAGCAGUUUUAUUUUGCAACUAUUUUCUUUCUAACGAACUACACCCCCCAAUCGUAUCGGUAGAAAGAAAAUAGUUCCCACAUAAAACUGCUCUCAACAAGGUCUGUGGAUUAUCUUGAGUAGGCCAUGAUUUCUGGACAUUGCUGUUGAGUUUUUCAGAUGUUUUUUGUUUUUUUUUGUCAGAGCACCAAAAGCAGAGUGCCAUAUAGUUCUGCUAUAUUGGACAAAAGGCCAAUAUCUCUAACACUCAGCACCAAAACAAUCUAGAUGUAUAAAUAGCACUACAGAUAAGAGGAAAAACAUGCAUUUUUGCUUUUAUGUUGAACUGUUAAAUUCAGUCUUCAGUCAACGCAACCUGAGCUGCUUUUGCAUAAAGAAUCUACUGGAAUUCAGACCAGAGUCCGUUAAUAUUUAAGUCAUUUUAAAGCGAGUGCUUGCUGCUUGAGCCUACAGUAACACAAACACACCGGGCAUUUUUUGGUGCAAUGCAGUCGACGUCUUUAUGACAGUAGAAAGGAUUCAGCAUCCAUUACCAGGUCUGUCUCAUAAAACAUGCAGUGCUACUGAACGUGCAAUAGUGUAAUAAUUUAAUCAAGUAUUCAUAGUGCAUGCAUUUACAUGGUAGUAAGAUUUAUCAAUCUGUCAGUAUUACUGUCUUCAUUUCAGUGGUCUAAAUACCAGCAAACGCUCCCUCCCUUCGCUCAUCCCCAUCCUUUAGUUAUAAUUAAUGUUAUUGUUCAGCCAGAGUGAGAUUUCCGCUGCACUGUUUUGCUCUCAUGCUCUUGUCAUAUCUGAUAUUAUUUCCUCAUAGAGGGGUUGAAAGGGGGGAUUCAUGUUCAGGUGGCUCAGAGUUCAAAUCCUCGUGUUCAGUGCCUGAUAAGUUCUUUCACACUGUUUGUUUUGAAUGAAAUUCCCCUUUGAUGAUGUCUUAGCGUUAAACAGAACAUAUUUUCACGUCAAGAUUACAGCAUUACACAGAGUGUUUUUGACCUUAGUUAAAAUAUGGGUCUAUUCUGGGUUAAACGCAAACAUGGGUGCAAUAUAUAUUUCUGUUGUCCAGUGAAAAAGUUGCAUCUCCAAUGUUGAGAUAAACUGAACGAUCCUUUUAUGGGAAACCAUUGAAAACUCACUGGAUUAUCCGUAAAAUGCAUCGUCACAGAGUUAAAAACAGGGCUUAUUUUUUAGCACAUGAAGAAAUCGAUAUGUUGGAGACACAGGACAGUGACGAUAUGCAGGCUGCACCAUUUCUAACUGACAUGAAGGAAAAAAAGUCUGCAUUUCUUAUUUAGAUUUGGCUUCAAAACUAUAACUUGAGCAAAGGCAACCAUUACUGACACGAUUCUGAGAGAUCGUUUUGACGAUCUGUCUUAAAAUCUUAACAACUACAGAUUGUGUUUGAAAAGGCCUUAUGAUUACAUGGCUAAGUUUUACGCUCAAAUGUGCCUUGUCGAUGGGGCGCCAUGGUCAUCCUUUGCUGCUCCGUUCAGUAAAAAUGAAUUACACGUUAAAGGCGAAACGUGGAAUCAUUGUGAGUAGUGACUGAUGAUGUUUGUCCUGUUGGCUGUGAUUUGCUUUUUUUUUUCAGCUAAUGAAAUUAAUUCUUUCCACAAAUUGGUGUAUUGGUUAAGCAACAUUUGCUGAAAUUCAUUUAUUAUAGUUAUAUAUUUGGGGAAAAGUUGGGCUUGUGUCGUUAGAUAACCCCUUAUUUCACUGCCUACACAUUAAAGGAAUACUGCAACAUUUUGGGAAAUGUGCUUACUGGCUUAUUUGCCCACAGUUAGUAAUUGGUUAGUAGCAAUACGACUGGAAAACAAGGGGAAAAGACAAGCUCAACUUCUUUUCAUGUGUAACAAAAUCCAUUAAUACUACUAAAAUAAUAAUGUUUAUUACUAAAAAAAUAGUGGCAGGACACCUCAGCCUGCAAACAAGAUCAAUUAUGAAUCUAUUUAUCAUUAAUUUGUUGAUCUAUGGAGAUUUCUUCGAGCCCCGAAAAAGACUAAACUAGACACACUACUGCACAUAUUCAGUGGAAGUAAACCCCAAAUGUAGAAACCUUUUGGGCCCAUGCAUCAGCCGAGUGAUUUCAUUGGGCUGGAUAGGCACCAUUUUGGUCUCCUGUAUAAAGAUCUAACAAUACGUCUAUGAACCAGGCGUGAAUGUAAUUUCCUAGGAUGAUGAAGGCAUGACUCGCCCUAUUCUGCCUCUGACCGGCUUACUCUGAUACUUAUACCCUGAAUAAUCUCACUCCUUUUCUCUAAAUCUAACCUAACCUGGCUUUGGAUGUAGAGGUCGUCCAUUUAUUGGGAAACUGGUGGUUCAAGCACCCUUGGGCAAGAUACUGAACCCAAAAUUGCUACAGAUGGCUGUUCCAUUGGUGCGUAAAUGGUUACCGAGUAGCAGGUGGCACCAUGUACAGUAGCCUCGGCCAGCAGCGUGUGAAUGACUAAUACUGUAAAAGCACUUUGCGUGGUCAGAAGACUAGAAAGGCGCCAUACAAGUGCAGGUCUGUUUAUCAUUUACCAACCCAAAAGUAGGACCUGUUUUCCAUCCAAGUAAUAAAAAUCUCACAACCAAAACUGUCCUGAAACUUAAAGCUGCAAAUUGUUGUUGGGUUAUUUUUGAGGCUAUAGUGUGACAGGGGGAGAGAGAGGGGAUGACAUACAGCAAAGGGCUGCUGCAGCAAGGACAUAGCCUUUGUACAUGGGGGCGUCCGCUCUACCAGGUGAGCUAUUAGGCACCCUGCACAUCGAUUUUCCACUACAUAAAAUGUCACAUCUUGUUUGUUCUAUAGGAAUUAAUCGUUGAGUUUCAAAGAGCUCGUGCCUUUUCUGUUUAACCAAAAAUACGAGAGCUACCAGUCAUUCUCUGCCACAAGAGAAUUAAGCAUAUUCCCCAAAUGUUGAAUGUUUGCUUUUAUGUGCAGGUUUGUUUUUUUGUCUUAUGUAUCAUCAGUAAUGCCGAAUGAGCAGAGCUUCUCACUAAAAGUGGGACCUCUUGCUUUUUAAAUUUCUGUGUGGAUGUGUGACAUCAUGUGAUGUGCGUACACUUGUUCUUGUGUGGUUCAGUCUGUACGCUGAGCUACUUUGUAUUACUGGAGGCCUAUCAAUGAAUCAAAGCUGCUUCCUCUAAAACUCUUUUCCACCAACAAAUAACAGUUUAUAUCCUCUGCUGCCCGAGUGAGCAUUACUGUCAAAGGGUAGUUUGUUAGUAUUUUGUACUGUAAAGUCGAGGCAUGUAACUUGAUAUUAAUACUCCUGACAAUGAAAACCCAGAGGGAAAAAUCCACUCAUGCUCAGACACCUGCUGUUUGCUGCUCGGUCUGGCUCAGUGUUACUAAAAAUCCCAGAGGGGGGAUACUCUUACUGAAUAUCUGUUCCCGCAGGACGCCCUCAGACUGACAUUCAGGAUAACCCAGCUUUAGACAUAUUUCACAAUUAUUAAAUAGCUUCCUCUAGUCACUUUCUGUUUCAGCAAAGAGAGACCAGAUUUCAGAUUUUAUAGAAGGAAACAGGCGAGAUAUCUUACAUGGAUGCUGACCGAGAAUAAAUAACUGUGUCCUUUUUUACCAGCUCAUUAUAAAUGACCUGAAUGGCAGAAAUGGUUUAGUCAGCACUUACUGCUCUUGAUAAAUACCAGUUGCUUGCGUUUCCUCUGCUGUAAGUGUGCUCGUUUCGUACGGAGAGGUGGUUUUAUAUAUUUUUGAGUCAUUCCUGUUUAUGUUGAUAAGUCAGGAAGAAAUGUUGAGGAAAGGAAAUCAUUUCAAGGUUCGGAGCCUUUUCUCUGCUUUAACGUUUCUUUUUUUUCCCCUCUGGUCUGGCAGUUAUGUAGCAUGUACCUGAAUCCCUCAUGAAAGACUUGCUGUAUUUCUGUCUAUUUUUCUGCCCUUUCUGUCUUCUUUUGAACAUCAUCAACAUGCUGACUUUGUAAUAAAGGAACUCUUUGACUUUUGAACAUA